AUGGCUUGUUCUUACGUAUUAUCACCAAACGCAACCAAACUCAAUCUCUCUUUAGCUCCGUUAGAUCUUGACGCUCCUUCUCCGUCAUCCUCCGUUAGUUUCAAACCCAGACGCCGUAAUCUCUCAACAAACUCCGUCACAGUCACCGACUCUCCUUCUUUAUUGAAUUUCCCAAAUUACCCUUCUCCAAACCCCAUAAUUCCCCAAAAGGACACUUCUCAUUGGAACCCUCUCCAACGCGCCGCUUCCGCCGCCCUCGACUUCGCCGAAACCGCAUUGCUUUCGCGUGAGCGUUCUCAACCGCUACCUAAAACCGUUGAUCCUCGCCGUCAACUCUCCGGUAACUACGCUCCGGUACCGGAACAAUCGGUUAAAUCCUCUCUUUCCGUCACCGGUAAAAUCCCUGACUGCAUUAACGGCGUUUACCUCCGUAACGGCGCUAAUCCACUCUUCGAACCAAUCUCCGGUCAUCACCUCUUCGACGGUGACGGAAUGGUUCACGCCGUUAAAAUCACUAACGGAGACGCGAGUUACUCGUGCCGGUUUACUGAAACCGAGAGAUUGGUUCAGGAGAAACGAAUCGGUUCUCCGAUUUUCCCUAAAGCUAUUGGGGAAUUACACGGUCACUCCGGUAUCGCUCGGUUAAUGCUGUUUUACGCACGUGGUUUAUUCGGUUUAUUAAAUCACAGUAACGGAACCGGUGUUGCUAACGCCGGUUUGGUUUACUUUCACGACCGGUUAUUAGCUAUGUCUGAAGACGAUUUACCUUACCAAGUUCGUGUCACCGGAAAUGGCGAUCUCGAGACUGUCGGAAGAUUCGAUUUCGACGGUCAAUUGAGUUCUGCAAUGAUCGCCCACCCGAAAAUCGACCCGGAGACGAAAGAGCUAUUCGCGUUGAGCUACGACGUCGUUAAGAAACCGUAUUUGAAAUACUUUAAAUUCUCGCCGGACGGUGAGAAAUCGCCGGACGUUGAGAUUCCACUAGCGAGUCCGACGAUGAUGCACGAUUUCGCGAUCACGGAGAAUUUCGUAGUGAUUCCUGAUCAACAAGUGGUUUUCAAGUUAACCGAUAUGUUUCUAGGAAAAUCACCGGUUAAAUAUGAUGGAAAUAAAAUUUCCCGGUUUGGGAUUUUGCCUAAAAACGCUAAAGAUGCAACGGAGAUGGUUUGGAUUGAGUCGCCGGAGACUUUUUGUUUCCAUUUAUGGAACGCUUGGGAAUCGCCGGAGACCGACGAAGUGGUGGUGAUCGGAUCUUGUAUGACUCCGGCUGAUUCGAUCUUCAACGAGUGUGACGAGCAGCUUAAUAGUGUUUUGUCUGAAAUCCGGUUAAAUCUCAAAACCGGGAAAUCAACACGCCGAACUAUAAUUCCCGGUUCGGUUCAAAUGAAUCUUGAAGCUGGUAUGGUAAACCGGAAUCUACUCGGGAGAAAAACCCGGUACGGUUACUUAGCUAUAGCAGAACCGUGGCCUAAAGUAUCCGGUUUCGCUAAAGUUGAUCUUUCGACCGGAGAAGUUAAAAACCAUUUUUACGGCGGUAAAAAAUACGGAGGUGAACCAUUUUUUCUACCGAGAGGGUUAGAAACUGACGGAGAAGAUGACGGUUAUAUUAUGUCGUUUGUUCACGAUGAAGAAAGUUGGGUAUCGGAGCUUCAGAUCGUUAACGCCGUUACGUUGGAAAUAGAAGCGAUCGUUAAAUUGCCGUCAAGAGUUCCGUAUGGUUUUCACGGAACGUUCGUGAAUUCGGCUGAUAUGUUAACUCAGGCUUAG